GAUCUCAAGAAGUGCAGCCCACUGUAGAAAACAUAGACUUGUGUUCUAACCAUGAAGACUGUGAGGCACGUCGUGACCAGAUCAAGAUGACAAAAGGGUUUGUAGCCAAGGAGCCAGUUAAAGGGCAUAUGGUUAAUGUUGUCAGAGGUCUCAAAUUGUACGAAGACGUAUUCACUAAUUCCGAGCUUUCUAAGUUGAAUGACUUCGUGAAUGAACUUCGGGUUGCUGGCCGGAAUGGUGAACUCUCAGGUGAGUCCUAUAUUUUAUACAACCAGCAGAUAAAGGGGAACAAAAGAGAGUUAAUUCAACUCGGAGCUCCAAUUUUUGGACAGAUAAAAGAGGAGGCAACAACUAAACAUGAAAAGAGUUAUAUCGAGCCAAUUCCUACUCUUCUUCAAGGCGUUAUUGAUCACCUGGUUCAGUGGUAUCUGAUCUCAGAAAAUAGAAAACCAAAUAGCUGCAUCAUUAACUUCUUUGAUGAGGGGGAAUUUUCUCAGCCUUUCCUUAAACCUCCUCAUUUGGACCAACCUAUCUCUACCCUUCUUCUCUCUGAAUCAGCGAUGGCAUUUGGGCGAACUCUCAUUAGCGAUAAUGAUGGGAAUUAUAAAGGGCCACUCAUGCUUUCACUGAACAAGGGGUCUCUUCUAGUCAUGAGGGGAAACAGCUCUGACAUGGCAAGACACGUCAUGUGCCCGUCUCCAACAGAAAGGGUGAGUAUCACAUUCUUCAGAGUCCGGUCAGACAUGGACCGAAACAACUCGUCAACAGUACCUCCUCUGACUAGAGCCAUGACUCUAUGGCAACCCGGCGUCACCAACUCAUUUGCAACUCCAAAUGGGGUUCUGAAUGGCUACGAGGCAAUGGAUGUGAUUCCUAAAUGGGGAGUACUCCGUGCCCCUGUGAUCAUGUUAGCCCCAACGCGUCCGAUGGUUCUGAGCCCCAAAACAAUCCCACAUGGUGGUACCGGAGUCUUCUUACCCUGGACCGUCGGAUCAAGGAAACCAGCAAAACAUCUUCCUCCGCGUGCUCAAAAAGGCCGGCUUCUCACACUACCUCCCCCUGUUGAAAUGCACAUAUUGGAUCCCACUUCUGAUCCUGACAUCAGCGUUGACACAAAAAUAGUGUGAGGUGUCCCACGGCAGCACCCGGGCAAAAAAAAAAAAAAAAAAAGUUAGCUACAAGCUCAAGAAGCGCUUCUCUUACUGUACAAACAAGGCCCGGGUGCUGAUAGAUGAGUUUGCAUUUGUUUUUUCCCCCUAUUUUUCUCUACCCUUGCUUAUUAGAACAAAUUAAGUUUUAGUGUUGGUUGUAUUAGCUUUUCUUGAAUGCCAGUUGUGGUAGGGCUCUAGAGAUUAUUUAAGUUUUGAUCGGCCCUUAUAGAGUGCUGAAUUUUGUAAUAACUUAAGUUUCUUUUUUUCUUAAUUAAUCUUUUCAAAUUUCACAUCA